UUUCAUGUACUCGAUGACCCGGGAGGCAGACAACCUACACUUGGGCUCGAUGGUGGCGAAGACCUUCGCCAAGUCGGCAAAUCACCCUCGGCAUCUAUUUUGUGGCGCUCUCAUCACCAUUCUGGCGCAAUAUCUAGUGGUCAGCCUCGAGGCUCUUACGAACAUUUUUGCCGCUGUCGGCUCCUUCUACCUCACUGGAGACAUCAUCUUCAACCAGGGACUGUCGAUGCACGUUGAAGGAUACGAGUGGGUUGAGGGCCUCUCUCUUCCUCCUACCGAGAGUGACAAGGAUGAUGAUGACGAUGACUCCGAUGAGUCCUCAGAGAAUGAGUCUUUCCUUGAGGAGCCUCUCUCCCCACCAGAGGAUCUGCCUCCCUGAAGGAGAUUGAUGCGAGGCAAGUCCUCCUACCGUCCUAUGGUCCUUCUCUUUCGUCGAUCAAGUUCUUUACGUCCUAGUUCCUGCAAGUAGCCAUCAAGAACCAGCAGAUCUAGACACAUCAACUCUAAAGCAGUAUUGGGCUCACCAGGCGCAGUACUCCAGUCAU